UUCCUUAAUUUCACUGUUGCUUGUGACUCUGCACGUGAGUGUGUCCAGUUGAAAGUGAAGAAAUUUAAUUCAAUAGAAAAAAAUAUUCAAUUGGUGAAAUAUUUAUUCAGCCAUCAAGCUACAUCAGCAUCAGCAAUCUCACAUCCCAAAUAAUCAAGGAAAUUAUUCUCAAACUUGAGAAGAUCAGAAAGUUUCUUCUUUUCAAUCACCUCUUCAAAAGACAAUUCACGGACAUGAGUUCCACACGGAAGUUCUGCACAAUCGCCCUAAUGAUCCUUGGAGUAAGUCUGAUGGCUGUUGCAAUGACUGAAUCGGUCCCAAUGCCCAGGUACCACAGUGGAUACUACAAUGAAAUUGAGGAGCAACCGGAAGAUGUGCUGAUGGAAUUGAUUGCACGAUUUGGUCAGACAAUAAUGAGAGCGCGUGACGAUCUGGAAAACUCAAAACGAACUGUGGAUUUUGGACUGGCGAGAGGAUUUUCCGGGAUUCAAGAAGCUAAGCAUCGCAUGGGACUUGCAGCAGCCAACUAUGCUGGUGGACCUGGUAGGAAGAGGCGGUCGGACUCAACUCCUGUGGCUCCUCCAGACAGUGAAGCUUAAGUUAGGAGGCUAAUCUGAGACAAGAUAUAGGACAGCAGUUCACCCAUCUCUUCCCCCACCGAAUGCAAAAGAAAAUCACAGCAUUCAUCCUGUUCUUUCUUUACCUUUUGCCAAAUAUUUCUCAAUUUACCCUCUUUUAUUCUCCUUCAGAGCCAAAUUUGCAGCAUUUUCUCUCCCCUUCUUUGUUAACGAAUCGAUGAGAAUUACAUGGAUAUACAUAUAAAAAUUAUUAAAGCAAAAAAAUAAAAAUAAAUAAUGUGGAAAAAACUGUGUAAAACCAUUUAGGUUAGAGUCUGUUCCUUGCACUUUUUUCUGACACCGUCAAAAGUAUUAAAAAAAAACAUGUCAUUCAAUUUUAAAACAUGAAUUUGCGUCUAAAUUAUACAAUAAAUUUUAAAUUACUAUGGUGUACAUGAGAAAUACAAGAUAUAUAUAUAUAUACAUAAAUAUGAAUGAAAAGAAAACUAAAAAACUAUCUCUAUAUGUAAAUGUUGGCAAAAGAAUUACAUUAAAAAUUAAUGUAGAUGAAUUACUAUAUGUUAUGAUUACCACACAUGAAAUAUAUUAGUUGAGUUUUAUUAUUUA